CCCAAUUAUAAGUGAGAGGAAAAUAUGUGCCCUCUGUCAUUGAGGGCUGCAGAGAGUGGUAACUGACUGAGCAUCUCAGGUGCAGUAACCAGCAGUGUCAGAGAUGAGUUCCAAGUCGAAACCCAUAGGAAUCAUUGGAGCUCCUUUCUCAAAGGGACAGCCACGAGGAGGAGUGGAAGAAGGCCCCACAGUAUUGAGAAAGGCUGGUCUACUCGAAAAGCUUAAACAACAAGACUGUGAUGUGAAAGAUUAUGGGGACUUGCCUUUUGCUGAUGUUCCUAACGACAGUCCCUUUCAAAUUGUGAAGAAUCCAAGGGCUGUGGGGAAAGCCAGUGAGCAGCUGGCUGAAGUGGUGGCAGAAGUCAAGACGAAUGGAAGGAUCAGUCUGGUACUCGGUGGAGAUCACAGUUUGGCGAUUGGAAGUAUCUCUGGCCAUGCCAAGGUCCACCCAGAUCUCUGCGUCAUUUGGGUAGAUGCUCACACAGAUAUUAACACUCCACAGACCACCUCAAGUGGGAACUUGCAUGGGCAACCUGUCUCUUUCCUUCUGAAGGAACUAAAAGGCAAGAUCCCUGAUCUACCAGGAUUCUCCUGGGUGACUCCCUGCAUAUCCGCCAAAGAUAUCGUAUACAUUGGCCUGAGAGAUGUGGACCCUGGGGAACACUAUAUCUUGAAAACUCUGGGUAUUAAAUACUUUUCAAUGACUGAAGUGGAUAGACUGGGAAUUGGCAAGGUGAUGGAAGAAACAUUCAGCUAUUUACUAGGAAGAAAGAAAAGACCAAUUCAUCUGAGCUUUGAUGUUGAUGGACUGGACCCAUCUUUCACACCAGCUACUGGUACACCGGUCCCAGGAGGUCUGUCUUACAGGGAAGGUCUCUACAUCACAGAAGAAAUUUACAAAACAGGGUUACUCUCAGGAUUAGAUAUCAUGGAAGUGAACCCAUCUCUAGGGAAGACACCAGAAGAAGUAACUCGAACAGUGAACACCGCAGUUGCAGUAACCUUGGCUUGUUUUGGAGUUGCCCGGGAGGGUAAUCAUAAGCCUAUUGACUACCUUAAUCCACCUAAGUAAAUUUAGAAGCAUCACAGCACAACUACUAAUUCAUUUAAGCUUAUAGUUAUUCUCCAAAGCUUGCUGUCUUUCAGGAAAAUACUUGACUUAAAUAUUGGUACAGUUUGUAAAAACUAUUAUCAAUUCCUUCUUGAUGUAAAAUUCAAGAUCUUGGGGGGGGGGAAAUUGAGCAUUUAUAAAAUAAAAAAAAAAAUAAAUACAAUUUAAAAACUUUCA